AUGUCUGGACGUGGCAAAGGCGGAAAGGCAAAGGCGAAGGUUCAAUCGAGGUCGUCUCGUGCUGGGCUUCAGUUUCCUGUUAGUCGUAUUCAUCGCUAUUUGAGGAAGGGUAAUUACUCCAACCGUGUCGGAACAGGGGCUCCCGUGUACUUGGCUGCUGUGAUGGAGUAUUUGACAGCAGAGGUGUUGGAGUUGGCUGGAAAUGCUGCCCGAGAAUACAAGAAAAAAAACAUCAACCCACGACACCUGCUGCUGGCCGUCCGCAAUGACGAGGAGCUGAACAGACUGCUGUCUGGUGUGGCCAUUCCCCGAGGUGGCGUCCUUCCCAACAUCCAGGCUGUUCUCCUGCCCACGAAGACAAAAAGAUCCUAA